CUGGACAACUGUAUUCCUUUGCAACACUCUCAUGAUGAAGAUCCUAGGGGUAUUUCUGUCUCUGGGUGUGUUGGCUAUUUUCUGGAGCUACAGUAAUGCAGAUGAACAGGAGUUCAUGCUACUUGCGGGCCCUCUGACCACCAGCAAGACUUUACAUUUAGAGGAACAAUAUGUGUUUAACUGUGGAGGUCCACUGCCACAGCAAUCCAAAGACUACUUCUUGUACCUUCAAAGGAGAGGGGUGACCAACUUCAAGGUUCCCCUGUCUUGGUCUCAUAUUCUUCCUACAGGUGAUGCCAACCAGCCACAUGAAGAAACUGUGAUGUGCUUUAAGACACUUGUACAACAGCUGACUGAAUCAGGCAUCAAACCUCUGCUGGUUCUCCAUCGUUCUGCAGUACCAGAACUCUUCAGAGCCAAAUAUGGAGGAUGGGAAAAUCCAUUGCUAGUGCAGAUGUUUGAGCAGUAUGCAGGAUUUGUGUUCAGCACAUUUAGGGAUCACGUUGACACGUUCGUUACAUUCAGCCACCUGCAUGAGCUACAAGAUAGACAACUAAAAAAUGCUCUCCAGUCCCAUGAAAAUGCUUACAAAGUCUGCCAUCAAAGGUUUACAGGGCUUCGUUUAUCUCUUGGAAUCAAAGCCAGUGAUGUUACUUCCAUUCAUCAAAUGGGGUCAAAAAUCAAGACACAUGUGGAUUUCCUCUCAGUGCACAUGCAGUUCAACUGCAAAAUGCAGACAGCUCUUACUGAGGAAUUGAGAAAGGUACAGAUUGUCAGCGGUCAAAAGUCCCUGCUUAUUUAUCAGCUGACAGUGAAUGAUUGUGAUGGAUAUGAACAUGGUUUUGAGGCACGUACUGGAAUUCUUGGAGUUUUACAGAACGAAGGCCAUCAUAUUAUAGGCUGUGACAUCACAUAUGUUUUUGAGGAGCUAGAUUAUGAAGAAACACUCAGUCUGCAGAAGGAAAACACUAAAAUUCAUCAGAAAUCAGCUUCUGCAUUCUCAUAUCAGAAGGUUUGGGAGAAAUUCAAAAGUCAGACUGAAGCUGAGCGGGAUCAGUUCCUCAGUGGUUCCUUCCCAGUUGAUUUUCAAUGGUCCGUCUCCAGUGAGAGUUUCAAAGUCGAAGGUGGAUCAGCAGAACACGGGAAGGGUGAAACCAUAUGGGACCGUUUUAACCAUGAGGCCGGGGUCAACGAAUCCAUUUUGGGCUGUGAUAGUUAUCACAAGGUGGACUAUGAUGUGUAUCUUCUUAGAGGCAUGAUGGCACCAAAUUAUCAGUUCUCAAUCUCUUGGGCUCGCAUUUUUCCCACUGGACGCAAAGAAAGUUUUGUUGAAAAGGGGGCUGCUUAUUAUGAUAAGAUGAUUAAUACACUCCUGCAAUCAGGAAUCGAGCCCACUGUUACCCUGCAUCAUUGGGACCUUCCCCAAGCUCUACAGGAAUCAGGAGGCUGGACUAAUGACUCCAUUGUGGAAGCAUUCAAAGAAUUUUCAGACUUCUGCUUCUCUCGUUAUGGAGACAGAGUAAAAUCAUGGAUCACCUUUGGCAGUCCCUGGGUUGUGAGCAGUUUGGGAUAUGGAACAGGGGAAUAUCCUCCAAGCAUUAAAGACCCAGUAUCGGCCUCCUACAAGGUGACGCACAAUAUUCUGAAAUCUCAUGCUGAAGCCUGGCAUAUUUAUAAUGAUAAAUACAGGAAACUGUAUGGUGGAAAAGUGGGCAUUGCUCUGAACUCAGAUUGGGCUGAGCCGAGGGAUCCCUCAAGUGAUCAGGAUGUAGCAGCAGCUGAGCGUUAUCUAAACUUCAUGCUGGGGUGGUUUGCUCAUCCAAUAUUUGUAGAUGGAGAUUAUCCAGCGGUACUGAGGGAGCAAAUUGAGAAAAAGAAAGAAUUGUGUACCCAAGACCUGGCAAGACUCCCUGUCUUCACCGAGGCUGAGAAACAAAGAAUUCGAGGCACAGCUGAUUUCUUCGGACUAAACCACCAAACAUCCCGACUGAUUAGUGAGAAUUUGACUAGCUGUGAUGCUGGGCCAGAUAAUGUUGGGGACUUCCAGGCUCAUAUUGACCCUACAUGGCCCACUACAGCUUCUGACCAGAUCCAGUCUGUUCCAUGGGGGCUCCGGCGGUUAUUGUAUUACAUCUUUUUAGAGUACACAUCUAUUACAAAGGUGCCCAUCUAUAUCACAGGAAAUGGAAUGCCAACUGAGUAUACUGGUGACGGGAUCAAUGACACUCUGCGUGUUGACUAUCUCAAAGCUUACAUUAAUGAAGCAAUGAAAGCUGUGCAUUUGGAUGAUGUUGUCGUUCAGAGGUUUACAGUCCAGUCUCUAAUGGAUGGAUAUGAGGGUCCUCCAGGUUACACUCAACGGUUUGGUUUGCACUAUGUGAACUUUGAUGAUCCUGACAGGCCAAGAACCCCUAAAGCAUCAGCAUACUAUUACUCAAAGGUGAUUGAGAGAAAUGGAUUUGCUGAGACUGCUGCAAGCCCUAAGAUGCAUAUCCGUGGAAAUCAAGUCGAAAGUAGAAGACUCCCUAGUUUGCCUCCAUCUCAAGUGCCUUCAAAAUCCAAGGUUGUUUGGGAAAAGUUUUCACCUCAGACCAAAUUUGAGAGGCAGCUUUAUCACUAUGGAACAUUUUCAGAGGGAUUUCAGUGGGGUGUCUCAUCUUCAGCUUAUCAAGUUGAAGGUGGCUGGAAUGCAGAUGGAAAAGGACCAAGUGUUUGGGAUACUUUCACUCAGAAACCUGGUAAUAUCCCAAACAAUGCCAAUGGCGAUGUUGCAUGUGAUAGCUACAAUAAAGUAGAUGAAGAUCUACACAUGUUGAGGGCCCUAAAAGUGAAGACUUACAGAUUCUCAUUGUCAUGGUCUCGGAUCUUUCCAAAUGGCUAUAAAUCUUCUCUUAACCAGAAGGGGGUGGAUUACUACAACAGGCUCAUAGAUGGUCUCAUAGCAAAUAAUAUCACACCCAUGGUGACUCUCUACCAUUGGGACCUGCCGCAGGCUUUACAGAAUAUCAAUGGUUGGGACAACACUGAAAUGGUUAGCAUAUUCAAUGAAUAUUGUGACUUCUGCUAUGCAACAUUUGGAGAUAGGGUGAAGUUUUGGAUCACCUUUAAUGAACCCCAGACGAUUGCAUGGUUGGGAUAUGGGCUGGGUCAGAUUCCACCUAAUGUGAAGCAACCAGGAGAUGCUCCAUACAGGGUUGCACACAACCUCCUGAAAGCUCAUGCACAAGCUUAUCACACAUAUGAUGAGAAAUACAGGGCAUCUCAAGGAGGUCUGGUAUCCAUUAGUCUGAAUGCUGAAUGGGCAGAACCCCUGGAUGUCAACAUCCCUCGAGAGGUGGAGGCUGCUGAUCGAGCUCUUCAAUUUCAAUUAGGCUGGUUUGCACAUCCAAUCUUCAAGAAUGGUGACUACCCUGAUGCCAUGAAGUGGCAAGUUGGCAACAAGAGUGAACUGCAAGGCUUAAAAGAAUCCCGGUUACCUUCUUUUACUAGCCAAGACAAAGCUUUUAUCCAAGGAACAGCUGAUGUAUUCUGCAUUAACACAUACACUACGAAAGUCAUGCGCCAUGUGACCAGCAGACUUAAUAUCGAAUCCUAUCAGACUGAUCAGGACAUUGAGAAGGACAAUGCAGAUAGCUAUGAAGAUACAGCUGUUAGUGAGCAGAAAGCUGUUGCUUGGGGACUCAGGAGACUUCUCAUUUGGUUGAAAGAAGAGUAUGGAAAUCCUGAGAUUUAUAUUACGGAAAAUGGUGUAGCUACAAGCACUGCCUUUACAACAGAUGACACUGAUCGUAUAUUCUAUUUAAAGACCUAUGUUGAUGAGGCUCUUAAAGCGCACAACCUGGAUGGAGUACGUGUUAAAGGAUACAUUGCUAGUUCACUCAUGGACUCCUUUGAGUGGCUGAAUGGCUACAAUGUCGGCUAUGGACUUCACCAUGUGGACUUUAAGCAUUCAAGUCGGCCAAGAACCCCAAAGCGCUCAGCUCACUUUUACUUCGAUAUAAUAAGAAAUAACGGCUUUCCAAUCACAGCAGAGGAAGAAAUACUAUAUGGACAUUUCAGAGAAGGAUUUGAAUGGAGCACAGCAACCGCUGCAUAUCAGAUAGAGGGCGCCUGGAGAGCUGACGGAAAAGGCCUAAGCAUUUGGGACAAAUUUUCACACACUGAUUCAAAGAUAACGCAAGAUGAUAAUGGUGACAUUGCCUGUGACAGCUACAACAAGAUCGAAGAGGAUAUCAAUGUUCUCAAAACACUUGGGGUCAAACAUUAUCGGUUUUCUAUUUCAUGGCCCAGAAUUCUGCCAGAUGGAACAAACAGGAAAAUUAAUGAGGCUGGGCUCGACUACUAUCAUAGACUGACAGAUGCUCUUUUGGCAGCCAAUAUCAAGCCACAGGUGACACUUUACCACUGGGAUCUGCCACAAGCUCUUCAGGAUGUUGGUGGUUGGGAGAAUGACACUAUUGUUGAUAGAUUCAGAGACUAUGCUGAUGUUGUAUUUAACAGUCUGGGUGAAAAAAUAAAGUUUUGGAUCACUUUAAAUGAACCCCUAAAUGUUGCAGCACAUGGAUAUGGCUAUGGAAGCCAAGCACCAGGUCUUAGUGAUAGUCCAGGCACUGCGCCAUAUACUGUGGCACAUAACCUCAUUAAGGCUCAUGCUGAAGCUUGGCAUUUGUAUAAUGACCAAUAUCGUGCUAAACAUGGUGGAAUGAUUAGCCUCACUAUGAACUCCGACUGGGCUGAAGCAAGAAACCCAUACAAACAAGAAGACGUGGAUGCUGCCAGACGUACGAUUCAGUUUCAGCUUGGUUGGUUUGCUCAUCCCGUGUUCAAAGGAGAUUACAGUGAUUUAAUGAAGGAUGUUAUUCGAGAAAGAAGUUUGGCAGCUGGCCUACCUAAAUCAAGGCUUCCAGAAUUUACCCCUGAAGAAGUAGCAAGAAUUAAGGGUACUCAUGAUUAUUUUGGAUUCAACCACUACACCUCUGUUUUAGCCUUUAACGUGGACUACGGUGAUCAACAGCACAUUGAAGCAGACAGGGGUGCUGGAGCUAUUAGGGAUCGUACAUGGCUAGAUUCUGGAUCCAUCUGGUUGAAAGUAGCUCCUGUGGGAUUCCGAAAGAUUCUGAAUUUCAUUAAGGAGGAAUAUGGAAACCCUCCUCUUUACAUUACAGAAAAUGGAGUAUCAGAACAAGGACCAGAGAAUCUGAAUGACGUCACCCGAAUCUACUACUAUGAAAACUAUAUCAAUCAGGCCCUGAAAGCAUAUAUGCUAGAUGGUGUGGACAUCCGCGGCUACACUGCCUGGUCACUAAUGGACAAUAUGGAAUGGGCAGCGGGUUAUACUGAAAGAUUUGGUCUUUUCUAUGUAAAUCGGUCAGAUCCCAAUUUUCCACGUAUUCCUAAGAAAUCUGUCUGGAGCUAUGCUACAAUUGUCAGCUGCAAUGGCUUCUUAAGCCCAGAAGAACGUCCACAUAAAUGUGAGGUGCAUGAACCUGAAGACGACAUCCCAGGAAUCACUACUUUACCUCCACCUGUUGAGGAACUGUCGGUCAGUUUCUUGGGUUUGGAAGUGUCUGUUUCUAAUGCUGAACUAGGUCUUAAUGUCCUCUUCAGUCUCACCUUCAUCGCUGCCGUCACUGUUAUCUUCUUGGUGUUUGGACUUGUCAGGACAUCCAAAAAACAAAGACGUCCUGCGGGGGAACAUAUUGAGCUUGCGAAAGAAGACAAGUUCUAAACAUUAUACUGUUGUUAAUUUAACAGAUGCAUUUUAUUGUAAAAUGUGCCACAGAUUAAUAUAUUUUAUGUACUUAAUGACACUCCACUUCUACUUAAACAUAAUUAUAUGUUAGCUUGUGUAAAUAUAUUUACAGUUAUCAGUAAAAUGUUAUCUCUGUAUAAACUGACUUUACAAACUAAGCCAAAUAAAUGUAUUCAGUUGUUCCAUAUGUCUCGAUUUUACUUGAUCAGACAUAGCACAGUUUAAAAAGCAUUUUGCCAAUUCCCUUUCAGCUUUUGCUCAUACCGUCAGACAAUACAGGCCAUAAAUCUGACUUUGUGAUAUAAUUUCAUAUGAUAAGCAUAUAAUGAGCACAGAGAUUAAUGUAAUUUUUAGCAUAAUAGAGAAUGGAUCUAAUUGAUUGACAGCCGGGUCAAAAGACUUUCUACGAUCAGUGCUGCAGUUACUGAAACUACAUUUGCUUUAUAUUUUAACAAUAAGCAGUUCUACCAGAAAGACGUCAGGGGGCAGAUAAACCUUGUAACAUUUAUUGUAAAUUGUUUGGAUAAAUGUAAGUUUGUUACUGUCCUUUUAUAAAAUCCUUUGGCGUAAGCCCUGUCUGUGGUGCAGAAGUCUGGAUGAGCUGGUAGAUCCUGCCUGAAGAUGAAGGCAGGGCGAAGCCAACCCCCGAGUGGAAACGAGGCCGACCUGGUGGUGGUGGGGAGGAUGGAGGGAAACUUCUGCAAUGUCACCUGAGUACAGCGAAACAGAUUGUUUAGAUGGGCUUAUAUGUAGUCCGCUUGGUCAUUAUAGGCUGAUAAUUAAGGUUGGAAUAGGCUGAGAUAAUUAUUAUGAAUGAUGUGACAUAGCAGAACUAUGGCUAAAUCUUUCAUUUCUUCACCUGGAGAUCUCAAAGUGUUAGCAGGAGGGUGAGGGCAGGUUUAUUUUCCAGAUAUUCAGAUAUCCAUACAUGCCGAAUGCUGAGAACUGAUUGAUAGUCUGGCACUGAAAAAAAGUCUCUGUGAGAUUGUUUUUCAGUGACAGGGUAUAUGUGGCGAGGGGGCGUGGCCGAGAGCCGUGGGAACGGAGUGAGGCCACCGCGUAAGUGGAUACACCUGCGGUGCGCACCUGCCUAGGAUCCCACGGUAGGAGCUCUGGACAAUAAAUGGAGGAACGAUGGCAGAGGAAGCCGAAGGAAGGACCGGGCCCGGACAUAUUUUACUUUCAGUUGGACUGCCGUCAGUUUGUUUUAGUUUAGAUGGCAGUCUCCGUGAGGAGCUGCCGUCACAGUUAUUAAUAAAUAAUUUAAACCUGCGUCGGUUCUCCGCCUCCUUCUUCCCGGCGGCUAAAGGGCCGUGAACAUCAUUACAGUAUACUUAAAAAAACUUUUCUUCACUUCUGGGAAAUAGAAUGCCUUUUAGGGAUGGCAUAUCAGUGCAUGUCUUAUUUCUGCCCUGCUUUUGUCCAAUCGUCCAUCUUCUUUCAUUUUGUUAGCAACAGUCUUUCAACAAUACAAUCGCUUCCCAAAGGACGU